AAUCAUUCAUUUUUUCUUCUUCUGAGGGGCUGAGACUUGCUUAAGCAGAGAUGUCUGGUCGCGGAAAGGGUGGCAAAGGCCUUGGAAAGGGGGGAGCCAAGCGGCAUCGCAAAGUGCUUCGCGAUAACAUCCAGGGCAUCACCAAGCCUGCUAUCCGCCGCUUGGCUCGCCGUGGAGGCGUGAAGCGUAUUUCUGGCUUGAUCUACGAAGAGACCCGAGGCGUCCUGAAAGUGUUUCUGGAGAACGUGAUUCGCGAUGCUGUGACCUACACUGAGCACGCCAAGAGGAAGACUGUGACUGCCAUGGACGUCGUCUAUGCUCUGAAGCGCCAAGGCCGUACUCUGUACGGUUUUGGUGGCUAAAUUUUUCGAAACCCUUCAUACACUUAAGAACCCAAAAGGCCCUUAUAAGGGCCAC